AUGUUUGAGCUUUCUUAUUACUAUUUCAAAAUAAGUCUGAUAAUUGGAUCCACCUUUGUUACGGCCGCUCUUUUGGGAGUGUACCGGUACCAGAACCUUCUGAUUUAUCCAUCUGGGCUGAAUGGGGCUCGUGACGUUGUUGACACGCCUGCCCAGUAUAACCUAGCAUACGAAGAUAUAACUCUAAAAACUAAGGACUCAGAGACGUUGAAAGGGUAUCUUCUUUUGCACGACAAGAAUUCCGCCUUGUACACCAAUAAGACGGUUCUCAUACUAUCGCCCAACGCAGGAAAUAUAGGCCAUUUCCUGCCCGUUGUGAAAUAUAUCUAUCAACAGCUGCGGUAUAACGUGCUGAUCUACUCGUACCGAGGCUACGGCAAGUCGACGGGUGAACCGAACGAGGAAGGGCUCAAGAUCGACGCCGACACGGUGAUGGAGUUUGUGGCGAACCACAGCCAAUUGGCCAGCUCGUCGAUCGUUUGCUAUGGCCGGUCGCUGGGCGGAGCCGUUUCUAUCUACAUUGCUUCGCGGUACCCGGACCUAAUUGCCGGGCUGAUUCUGGAAAACACGUUUUUAAGCGUUCGCAAGGUGAUCCCGCACAUUUUCCCUGUGUUGGGCCCGUUCAAACAGCUGUGCCACCAAAUCUGGCCGUCCGAGCAGGAGAUCUUGCGGAUCCCCGAAUCUGUGUCGAUGCUAUUUCUGAGCGGACUGGACGACGAGAUUGUCCCGCCAGCACACAUGCGCACGCUGUACGAGCUGAGCCGCAGCCAGACGAAGACGUGGGUCGAAUUCCCCGGCGCACACCACAACGACACCAUUGUCCAGCCCAAGUACUGGGACUUCUUCUACGAGUUUAUGCGCAAGAUAACUCCGGUUGAAAAAUAA